AGAAAAUACAUACUCCUUCUCCCUGGCGCCUGAAUUGCCACGGCCGCACUUCUCCAACCGCCAUCCCGCCUAAAUUGACUAGUAUUUUCAGCUGUAGCGUAUUUUUAUUACCAAAUGGAGAUUGAUUUGGAAAAGCUUCCGUUUGAUCUUGACUUUCAUCCAUCAACUAAUAUCGUCGCGGCUGGUCUCAUCACCGGCAACCUCCUACUGUACCGGUAUGAUGCAGAAGCUACGCCACAACGGCUGCUGGAAGUGAAUGCUCAUACCGAAUCAUGUAGGGCUCUCCGUUUCGUCAACGAAGGACGUGCUAUAGUCACCGGCUCUCCAGAUUGUUCCAUUCUUGCAACAGAUGUUGAAACUGGUGCGGCUAUUGCACGCCUUGAUAACUCUCAUGAGGCUGCUGUAAAUCGCAUAGUUAACUUGACAGAAUCUACCAUUGCUUCCGGUGAUGAUGAAGGUUGUAUUAAGGUAUGGGAUACCAGGCAACGUACUUGCUGCAACACUUUACAUGUUCAUGAAGAAUAUAUAUCAGAUAUGACAUUUGCAUCAGACUCGAUGAAAUUGAUUGGAACAAGUGGGGAUGGCACUUUAUCUGUUUGCAACUUAAGAAGCAACAAGGUUCAAACUCGAUCCGAGUUCUCUGAGGAUGAGCUGCUUUCUGUUGUGAUUAUGAAGAACGGUAGAAAGGUUGUUUGUGGAACACAAAGUGGAACAUUGUUGUUGUACUCUUGGGGAUUUUUCAAGGAUUGCAGUGAUCGUUUUGUUGAUCUCUCCCCAAACUCUGUUGAUGCCAUGCUAAAGCUUGACGAAGAUAGAUUAAUAACUGGUUCAGAGAAUGGAAUAAUCAGCCUGGUAGGUAUUCUGCCAAAUAGAAUAAUUCAGCCAAUUGCUGAGCAUUCUGAAUACCCUGUGGAAGGUCUUGCUUUUUCUCAUGAUAAAAAAAUCCUUGGCAGCAUUUCACAUGAUCAAACACUAAAGCUGUGGAAUUUGGAUGAAUUGCUGCUAGGAUCUGAAAAUAGCAUGCCAAACCAUUCUGCGGCUUCAGAUAGUGAUAGCGAUGGGAUGGAUGUCGAUGCUAGUAUCCCAAAACCCUCUAAAGGGACCAAGAGGAAAAAUGUAAGCAAGGGAAGCAAGCUUGACAAUUCAACUAAUUUCUUUGCAGACAUGUAGAAGUUGCUGAGCGUGGUUGUUGAAUGCAGAUUUAUUUAUUUGUAUUAUUAUUAUAUUUAGAAUAGUUGAAUGUAGAAAAUUGUGCGACUAGAAUUGGCCUUCAAGUGUUGUGCUGACAAUUUUUUUCACAGAUAUAUGCACUUCUUUAUUGUAA